CUAUCUCUUUCUCUUCCCUAAAAAAUAACUCGUAAUUUAUUUUUCUUUCCUACAAGUUUUAAUACUUCGUUUCAUCUACAUUCAUUACCCUAUCCAGUCUCCUCUCUCUAUUUCUGGCAGUCCUCCGUCUUUUUCUCUCUCCACCGAAGCCUGAUUUUCUCUCGACGGUUUUCCGUCGCAAUGCCACCUCCGAUGAAAUCGAACAGGCUGGGCAGGAUCUCCGACUCCGAUGAGUCCGAUACGCCGUCGAACAAUUUGUGGGUGGGGAACCUGGCGAGCGACGUGACCGACUCUGAUCUCAUGGAGCUCUUCGCCCAGUACGGGGCGCUCGACAGCGUCACCACCUACUCUUCGCGUAGCUACGCCUUCGUCUUUUUCAAGCUCGUCGAGGACGCCAAGGCCGCGAAGGACGCUUUACAAGGCGCGGAGCUGCGAGGGAACCGGGUCAAGAUCGAGUUUGCUCGCCCGGCAAAACCUUGCAAGCAACUAUGGGUGGGUGGAAUUAGCCCAACUGUCUCAAAGGAAGAAUUGGAAGAAGAGUUUCUUAAGUUUGGUAAAAUUGAGGAUUUUAAGUUCCUCAGAGACCGUAAUACUGCAUUUGUUGAAUACCUUAGAUUGGAAGAUGCAUCCCAAGCCAUGAGAAAUAUGAAUGGGAGGCGUUUAGGUAGUGACCAGAUACGCGUGGAUUUCCUUCGAUCGCAGCCCUCAAGAAGAGAACAGUGGCCCGACUCCAGAGAUGGGCUGUUUCAGGGCAGAAGCAUGGUAUCUGUGGACUCCCAUUUAGGCCAUAAAAGACAGCUGCAUCCUCAGUCUUCUGUAGGCCGAAGAGGAGAUGGUCAACCCAGUAACGUCUUGUGGGUAGGUUACCCACCUUCUGUUCAGAUUGACGAACAAAUGCUCCAUAAUGCCAUGAUUUUGUUUGGUGAAAUAGAAAGAAUUAAGAGUUUUCCUUCAAGACACUACUCCUUUGUGGAGUUUAGGAGUGUGGACGAAGCCCGGCGUGCCAAGGAGGGGUUGCAAGGUCGGCUUUUUAAUGAUCCUCGAAUAACCAUCAUGUUUUCGAGCAGUGGGCUGGCACCUGGCAAAGAUUACCCUGGAUUUUAUCCUACAACCAAAGGGCAAAGGCCAGAAAUGUUUGUUAAUGAACCUCCAUUUCUUCCUGCACAGAUGGAUAUGCUUGGUCAUAGUCGUCCUGUGGUAUCAAAUAAUUUUCCUGGACCAUUGCAAACUAUGCCAAUGAGGCCUUUUGGUCGUCAAGGUAGUCUUGAACCUCCGUUUUCAGGCUCAGAAUUUGAUGAUUUGGCCACACAUCCUAAUUUUCAGGAUGGUGAUUUGAAGAAUAUGAUGGGUUCAAACUGGAAAAGGCCAUCCCCUGCACCUGGGAUGCUCCCUUCUCCUGCACCAGGUAUUAGACCAUCUGCAAGAUCCACAUCUGGUGCUUGGGAUGUAUUAGACAUAAAUCAAUUUCAGAGGGAUUCUAAAAGGUCAAGGAUGGAUGAUGCUUUGUCUGUUGACGAUGUUUCUUUUCCUUUGAGAAGGAUUGAUGAUCGUGGAUUGGGGUUGGAUCAAUCUUAUGGGCCUGGUCUGGUAAUUGAUGGAGAUGCUUCUAACCAUUUCCGAAAUGUUCAAGGGAAGAGCCGCCUCAGUCCUGUUGGUAGUAGAGCCAUGGCUGGAGGACCUGGUCAGGGUCAGGUUGAUAAUGAUUACAUAUGGCGUGGGAUUAUCGCUAAGGGGGGAACACCUGUUUGUCAGGCACGUUGUGUCCCCAUCGGAAAAGGAAUAGAAACUGAGCUUCCUGAAGUAGUUAAUUGCUCGGCCAGAACAGGAUUGGAUAUGCUCACGAAGCAUUAUGCUGAUGCCAAUGGGUUUGAUAUUGUUUUCUUCUUGCCAGACAGUGAAGAUGAUUUUGCUUCGUACACUGAAUUUCUUCGCUACCUAGGUGCCAAAAACCGUGCUGGUGUUGCCAAGUUUGAUGAUGGGACCACCUUAUUUUUGGUACCUCCAUCAGACUUCUUAACUAAUGUUUUGAAAGUUGUGGGCCCUGAACGUUUAUAUGGUUUGGUUCUCAAGUUUCCACAACAAGCUCCUAGUGGCACAUCAAUACUGCAACAAUCAUAUCUUCCCAUUCCUUCUGCUCAUUAUAUGGACAGACAGCAGAUUCCUCCUCAUGCCGAGUAUGGUGUACUCUCUUCUAGGGAGGAACAAGUUUUGCCAAUGGAUUAUAGUAGGGUUUUGUAUGAGGACUCUAAGCUUCCUCCUAAAUCAGUUUUCCCAGUUACAAGUGAGUCACCUGCAAUGCAGUCAGUACCCCAAGAUUACACUACUAGCAAUGCACCUGCAGUGUCCCAACCUGGAGUAACAUUAACCCCUGAACUUAUUGCUACUCUAGCUUCCUUACUACCUCCAAACACACAGUCUUCUGUUUUAGAAAGUGCAAAGCCCGAAUUAGGCUCAUACUCUGUCAGACCUUCAGUUCCACCUCAAGUUGCAUCUGAUAAAGAGACGCCAUCCCAAGACUGGAAACAAGAUCAUCAAACAUCUGACUAUGUGGGUCAUUCAUUGCAACAGUUGAGGAGUCAGUUUAAUCCUCCAAUACAAAACCCAGCCCAGUAUCAGCCUUACCCGUCUGUCUCAAUAACUCCAGGCCAUAGUGCCCCAUUGGUACUUGGCAGUGCCCAAAUUCAGGACUCUUCUAUCAGCUUGCCACGGCAGGGUGCAAUUUUGUCUCGGCCUCUGAACCAAAAUGGACAGGCUGCUGCCUCUUCCCAAGUGAGUCAGCCGUAUCAGCUUGAAAUUCCUCCCAGUGGCCAGAGAGGCUAUGGCAUGGUUCAUGGAAUGCAGGCUUCUGGAAUGUAUAGUUCACCAGCUUUUCAGCAGGCUAAUGGUCCUUUGACAUCACCUGGUCAGGCUCAUGGUUCUCUUCAUUCCCAUCCAGCAACAGUAGCAGCUGAAAAAGUGAGCUCAGAGCUUCCAGGUCAGGUGCAGCAGCUUCAGUCUGCACUCUUUGGCACUUCCCAGGGCAUGCAAGAUGUUGAGGUUGAUAAGAAUCAGCGCUACCAGUCAACGCUACAAUUUGCUGCUAGCCUCCUACAACAGAUUCAGCAGCAGCAGCAAGCGACCACUCAGGCAGGACGAGGGUCUGGAAAUCAACAAUGAGGUGAUUUUGCAGGGCUUGGGCUUUUUCUUUUCCAGAAAAUGGAUCUAUCAUGUUUUGGAAACUCAAAAUACCUACUCGACUCCUACUGUGAGAGGUUGGUGUUGGUCAUCUCAAACUAAGCUAUAUAAUUGUUAUAAAGACGGUAACACUAUAAUUUACAACAAACAGUAUAUGGGCGACGCCUCCUCUCUCUCGUUUUUUCUUUGUUAUCUUUUUCCUUUUGUAUUCUAUUUGUUUCACUAUCUAGUCUGUCUAUUUGAUUAACCGGUUUACAUUU